UGCUAGAAGACACCUCCUUUUACUUGAUAAUCCAUGCUGGUGAACCAUUUGGGAAAACCGGACUCUAGUUUUUAAAAUCUCAAGAAGACAAGCAGCAGAUGCAGAUUGAGGGGGAGUGAAGACGGGGUUGAUCGGUGCCUGAAAUCUGAAGUUUCCGGCGGCUGAAGAAAUGGGAGAGGAAGGGGAAGUAGCCGGCUGCGGUUUCCGGCGACCUGGUUCUCCCGCCGGCAGGUCUCCCAUCUUUUACAGAAUGAUUGUGUCAUCUAUUAUUCAAGACAAGAGGCUGAGGGUCCCGGGGUAUUUUGUCAAGAAUCUUGGGACUGAACUUCCUGCAGUUGCUACGCUCACCACUCCCAAUGGCUGUUCUUGGCAAGUGGGGCUGAAGAAAAUCGAUGGCAAAGUUUGGUUUACUGCCGGUUGGCACGAAUUCGUUCAAUGUCAAUCGAUCCGUGUGGGGUACCUCUUAGUCUUCUCAUAUGCAGGGAAUUCGAAUUUCGGUGUGAAUAUAUAUGAUCUGGCUCAUGCCGAGAUAAAGUACCAAGGUAGCAUGAUUGACAAUCGGAAAGGAUUCAGCUGUGGCAACCGUGAAGAAGCAGAGGAUGAUGACUCCAUUGAAAUCUUGGGCUUCCGGCCUCCUUGCCGAGCAACUACAUCUUUGGGAAGCAAGACGGUUUAUGAAACUUUGGACUUGCAGAAGCAUGGUAAAAGCCAAGCUGAUAAUGUGAAUGAUUUUCUAUCCAGAUUGAAUGGUAGUGAAGUUUCAAAAUCACACGGGGCCUUGUCCAAUGAAGCAAAGGGAGAUAAGCGGCACGCUGCUAAGAAUUUGGGGAAGCCACUGGUUCCACAUGCUAAAUGUCCCGCGUGUAACUGCAAUGGAUCUGGACUCAAAAACUCCCGUUAUAAUCGAGGAAGCUUACACGUAGAUAUUACUCAAUCAGCAGCCCGAUCCACUCGAGAUAUAGGCGUCCAAUGCAGCUACACUGAAGCUGCAGCAUCUGCAUAUGAAAUCAGACUGCAUUCCUUGGUUCAAAGGCCUGAAACAACCAGAAAAAGAAAACGGGAAGCUCGACCCUAUGAAAGUGAACUAUUGGCUCAACAAGGAAGCGAAGGACAACCAGGCACUGAACCAAGUUGUGGAGCUCUGGCGCGGAGGGGAAGGGAAGUGACACCUGAAGGAAAAGAGCGAGCGCUUAACGCAUCAAAGAUGUUCCAGUCUGAGAACCCGUUCUGCAGGAUUAUCUUGAGACGAUCAUAUGUGUACAAGGGAAUCGGACUGCAUAUGCCAUCCUCCUUCGCCGAGAAGUAUCUGGGCUCAGUUUCAGGAUUCAUCACACUCGAGCUCUCAACGGGCGAAAAGUGGCCAGUAAGGUGCACCUGGAGAGACGGUUCGGCGAAGCUAAGCAAGGGGUGGCCGGAAUUCGUAUCCAACAACAGAUUGGAGGAGGGUGAUGUUUGUGUCUUUGAGCUGAUCAAGAGGGAAGAGAUUGUUCUGAAAGUGACCAUCUUUUACGUUGUUGAAGAUGCGGAGCCAGUGAAUCAACUUCCGAGGCAAAAUCUUCCCCAAACCAACCAAUUGCUCACUCGUGAUCUGAAUGGCUGAAGUUUGUAGAUAAGCCGCCUUUUGUUUUGGGGAAGAAAACCCUUUUUCGUUUGUGUUUGGGCUAAGCAAGAUGAAGGGUUGUUCUGUAAGUUAUGUAGUUAAAACUCUGUUCUCAAGCGGCCUGUCAACAUGUUGGAAUGGAUGCAUCAACUUUUGGGUUAAAAUGGCUCCUCUUCAGAUGCCUGCUUUACUUGGAAUGCAAAGUUUCCUUGUUGGAUUGUA